AUGGGUCCAUCAGAACAAUAUCAUAAGCAGACAUUAAAGCAUUCAUCAAAAUGCGCUAAGCAAACCAGACCUCGUGUCUCUUCUCUUUCUCAUGUGCUCUCCGUAGCAACAGUCAAAAUUCAGUCUCCAAAGAAUAACAAUUAUCUCCCCACUCAACCCUUCUUCUCAGCUCUCCCUUUCCAGGAAGAACUGAACUCAAACGAAGCUAUUCACAGCUCUCCGAGUUCCCUCACCACCGCCAACAUUCCCCAGCAAGACUCUUUAGUCUUCACCACGGAUUCUCAACAGCAAACAUGGCUUCCCUCCAGUUCCCCGAGCCUGCCGGCACAAUCCGCGCAAUCCAGCUUCCCACCACCGCAACAGGACUUUGUCUUGUUCGAUCAACCCCAGCCUCAGAGACAGAACGUUAACCGCUCUGUAUCCUCACCUGCCUCAGUAGCAGUAUCAGCCUUUGGAUCUCUUAACGUCAACCCUAGCCGCUCUCCGCAUAUCUCAAACGGUUCUUCACCUUCAAUACAGAAUCAGCGAGUGGCUCAGAUUAUCCGGGCAACAGGACAUCAGACUUCUUCCUCUACGGCAUUUACCAAUCAGUUUAAUUCUUCUGUGCAUAAUCAGAACUUACAACAGUAUUACGCAUCAAUUUCUCCUUUACGUUCUACCGCUGCGGCGAACCAAAAUCGUGUUGCUCGUCCACCUGUACCUCUUUUCACACAGGGCGGUAGUAAUCAACAGGCGGCCAGGAUGGAUCUUCAAGACGCUCUGAGCCUUGAAGACCUCACGGCCUUUCAGGGGCCAACGACUGCCUACUCUUCCCCUGGAAUUCCCGGCUACGACGUGAGUGUGAGCUCUGCCUCUAGCACUGCUAGCAACAUGGGGACCAUUUCGCCCCAAGACUUGUUCCUCGACCCCACCACGUCUGCCCCGAACUCUACCGCGAUCACGAACUUGACGUCACCUUCCAUGUAUGACGGGUCUCCUGAGCUUCAAGAUUAUGAGUUUGAACUCUCCCCGAAUCUUGGUAAUAACGAUUUCGACCAUGGCUUUAGUAGGGCAUGGCCUUCUUUGUUUCCCGAGGAAACCCCAGUUGUCAAUACUGCCUCUACCGGCGACGAAUUGUCACCGGCACAGCAGUCUGAUGAGCUAGAGGUGGCGGAAACCGCUUCUAAGCCUCGUCGCAAAUCUGGUCACUCCCCGUCGUCCGGGAAUCAUGGCAGACACUCUUCAGUCUCUGGUGUGAAUCCUCGUCGUCGAGACAAGCCACUUCCUCCUAUCGUAGUUGAUGAUCCGAACGAUUCGGUUGCCAUGAAGCGAGCGCGAAACACACUGGCAGCUCGCAAGUCUCGUGAGCGUAAAGCGAUACGAUUUGAGGAACUUGAAGCGAAGAUCGCUGGUCUUGAGAAAGAGCGUGAUUUUUGGAAGAGGAGAUGCGAAGCACUAGAAUCUCAAACUGGUUAA